AUGAUGCCACUGGCAGAAGCAGGCGCCCUGGCCCAAGGAGGAGGCCCUUCAGUGAUGGAGUGGGCCUGCAUUCUGCCUGCGGAGGGUGAGACUGAGAAGACCCCCAGGCACAAGCAGCCCACCUCACUGAUGGUCAGAGCAUCCAGAAGAAGUGGCGAGACUUCAGCUGUCCUCAAAGCAGGAAGAGAGAGUGUUUCUGGCAGAAAGAACAGCACAAGCAAAGACCUGGUAACCCUAGGUGCCUCCGGUUUGAGGGAGGAGAGAGGACACCCCCUCCACCCCAGACGUGGGAAAGCAGUCCACCUGCGCACCAGGGGCAGGGCACGUGGCUGGGUGAAGACGCUGGCCUGGAUACGGAGGACUCGCGGGCUGGCAGAGCGCGCGGCGGCGGCGGCGGGAGGAGACGCAGGUCACGCCCCCUUCCCGCCGCCUCCCGCCGCCGACGGGGCGCGCGCGCCGAAGAGCCCGGGACAGGUGACUCCUAGAGGACUGCGUCUGCACCUCCACGGGCGGGAGUCCCUUCUUCGCGGCCUCUGCCGCCCCCUGCGUCCCCUCCUGGGCUUCCGAGAGUCUGACUCAGCCAAGCCGGCAUCGCUUCGCCUCCUACAACACACCCCGAGCGCGAGGAAAAAUUACAGGAUUGCAGGGGCACGGCUAAUGCGCUCUAAUUACCCACCGCCGCUGUCAUCCGCGGCGCUCCGCGGCGCUGGGCCAACGCGCCGUAAUUAGGCCGCCGCUCCCCGGUCCCAGAACCCUCCCUUUGCCACCCCCGACCCACCUCGCGGUCCCCAGGACCACUGGCUGCCGCCUGCUGCCGCCCUCCGGGACUGCCCCUCAGUCCCAAGAAAGCUGUGAGGCCUCACUGGGGGUUAGAACUUGGGGAGACCGAAGCCGGCCCCUCCGCUAAACCUACAGUCCUAGAAGGUCUCUGCUGGAAGAGACUGGGAGAGUGGGGAGGGGCCAGGGACCUAUUUCGUUGACAGAAACACUGAGGUCUACUGGAAAGUUAGUCUUCAGUGGGAGGGGUGGCAAAAGCACGCAGGGCAGCAGUACCCACGUUUGGGCACAGAGAAGGGAAGGGAAGCCCGCCCAGCCAGAACUCCCAGACCCGCUCGUUUAACAGUGGCUUUAUGAGCAGCACAACGGGCUCUCUCCCCUGGCAGGGAAAUUACCUUCCUGCCAAGAAAGGUGACAUCCCCACCACAGACACGGAGGCCCCGCCCGCUGGCCAGCUGUAGCCUGCUGGUCGUAGGGAAGCUGGUGAGGAGUGAGGUGGCUCUGGCCUCCCAUGUCCGGUAGGGUGAGAGAGGCCCUGAAGAUAGAAGCCAGGCCUGAAGGCCAGAAUUAAAGGGGUAGCUUGGCGAUCAGCUCCUUCCCCAAACCAGGCUCAGAGCUCUUCUCUAUCAGGAAUUCUUUCCUGAGGUCCAGGGGGUUGCAAAGUCAUGGCCUUGGGCCACGUUUUAUCUUCAGUGAGAUUUUGUUUGGCUUGCAAUGAGUACAUAGGUUUUAGGUUGAAUGUGAGAGGCUGCAGACAAUGUGGGUUCUCCGGCUGCCCUCCCAGUGAAGGUGGACCUCUGAUUUAGACCGGCCCGCUGGCCUGUGCCUUCAUUCUUUUCUUCAGGGCCAGAAUCUUAGUCCCCAUGAUUGCUGCCCCUUUGUGGUCUGCAUGUUUCUUGGUAAGCGUGCCCAGUCAAGUGUGUCUGGGAGCCCCCUCUUCUCUGUCAUGGUCAGGUUCCCUACAUGCAGUGGCCGUGGUGGCUGCACAUGCUCCCGGAUACCCCUCCGGCACUCCCUUUUGUCAUCUUGAGUUUCAGUACGUGACUUGGGUGGCACCCUAUCUUCUCCAGCAGGGAUGGCAGCUAUUUUUCUGCCAUGAGACUAGAGGUUGCUUGAGAACAGGAAAUUGGAUCUCUCCCUUCAGACUGGGGUUUCACUAAGAGCUGGAGAAGGGGGGAAUAUGGGAGGAUUAUCUUCCAUCACAGGGAGCACUCCGAGGGCAAGGCUGUGUCUCCCUCAGUCUGGGGCUCCCUGAGGACGGGGCUGUGUCUCCCUCAGUCUGGGGCUCCCUGAGGACGGGGCUGUGUCUCCCCGCAGUCUGGGGCUCCCUGAGGACAGGGUUGCGUUCCCCCCUCAGACUAGGGCUCCCUGAGUCAGGGUUGUGUCUCCCCUCAGACUGGGGCUCCCUGAGGGCAGGGCUGUCUCCCCGCUUCAGACUGGGGCCUCCCCCAAAGGACAGGGACUAUGUCUCCCCUGGGACUAGGUUCUUUGUGUCUUCUGCAUCUACUGAGAUUCUCAUGAGGACAGGGCUGUGUCUCCCCCUCCAUCUGGAGCUCCCUGAAGGCAAUGGCCUCUCCCCUCAAAUGGGACAUUUGCACCCCACCCCACCCUCCGGCUCCCCAUGGCGCCCAGGCAUUCCUCCCAGGACACCAUUUGUCACGCUUUGAUGAAUGAAACCUACUAAGAAUAA